AUGUCGUCGUGGGAAAGCUUGGAGAAUACUACGACGGCUCCACUUGAUUCGUUUAACCUCGAGACGGUUGUGGCAUUCGGGGAAUCCGAGUGCAUCGCAACGUCGGUCGAGCACGGUGGUGUUCCUCCUCGUGGACCGGUAACUGUCAGUCUCAGCACGGUGCCGAGAGCCUGGCCUUAUGACCCCAAUUAUACGGAGCCCGAAACCAGGGGUUCUCAUAGAUCUGCGAACCUGGAAGACGGUCGCAACCGGUUGGUAGGCGAUAGUUAUUAUCAAGGAGCGGAGGCCCGGGAAAGAGGCGUUCGACAUGACCUGCAGGUUGCAAGGGAUCUCCACAGCCAUGCAUGUCCUGCAGCAAUGGUGGAUGGAGAUGUGCUUCGUCUCUCAAGCGACGAACUAACCGCCAUCUCUCGACCUCUCCUCUCCCUCUGCAGCGAACGACCAGGACAGUCGAACAGAAAACAUCGCCAAUAUCAAUCCUGCGCCGUGAGAAGCAAUCACUCCGUUGACCCGUCCCUCGACCUGACGGCGAAUUGGGGCUCUUUUGCUUUUUCUGGGGCCAGAAAUAGCUCGCGCAGUGUCUGCUCAGCCUUUCCAGUUCAUCCUCGUAAAAGAACUUGUCGUCCUGCGAGCAUCCGGUCGGGUAACCGCUGCAAGCACGGCUCCAACGAAGCUGCUGCUCGCCUGCGGUCGAGUGUUCUUCUGCAGGUCCUCCCGGGCUUGUUGGUCGUCUUCCGCGAACCUCCACACCUCACCUCUUCGCCUGCUCCAUCCCCAGACAUCGUUCAACCUCUCUCCGCCUCUUCCUCCCGCAGAUGUUCGGCUUAUUACGCUGCGAUGAAUCGAGUCCUUGAACCACCUUCGAGAAACCCUUUCACAAGGCCGGUGGAGAUGUCGACAGAACCCAGAACCAUCCCUGUCCUUUCCGCGUCCAUUUCGCCCUCCGAUCCGGGCCCCGGUGACCCCAUGGACGUUAGCCCGCCCGCUUCCGCCACCAUGGGGCCGCCGUCCCAAAGCAGUCCUGAAAUCGACCAUGGGCCGGGGAGUCAUACCAAUGGGAAUACAGGGGACUCUGCCUCGUCACAGAACCCUGCUGGGCAACCGACCGGCGCUGCAGCAGCCGCACAACAGCCAAAGGUUGUACAAACGGCUUUCAUACACAAGCUCUACAGCUCAAACGAGAGUUUCGUCAUGUCCCCGUCGUCGGACUUCUCAAAGGUUCUUGCGUAUGUGACCCUCCUAGAUCCUUCAGAAUCCAAUGGACCAAUAGUGCUGAAGCAUUCCGCUCAUACUAGUCAAUAUUUCAAACACACCAAUAUUUCUUCCUUCGUUAGGCAGUUGAACAUGUAUGGGUUUCACAAAGUGAGUGAUGUUUUCCAUACUGGAUCGCCAGAUUCACCGAUGUGGGAGUUUCGACAUGGAAAUGGAAAUUUCAGAAAGGGGGACCUCUCGGGUCUACGCGAAAUCAAAAGGCGUGCGUCAAGGCAUGCACUGAUACAUCGCGAUUCAUUUUCAACACACAAGAACAACAAUGCCUCCCAGCCGGGAACUCCCGCGGAAGCUGUUCCAGAGGCUCCAGAUAGAAUGGCCAAUCUUGAACAUUCCCUUUAUGAAGUUCACUCACGCUUGUCUCGUAUGGAAGAUCAGCACGCUUUAUUGAGCUCAAGAUGUCAGGCGCUUACGGAGAGCUUGAUCCGCUGCCAUCAGUGGGCGAACUCUAUGUCCCAUUUCAUCACGUCACUUGUCCCUGACUCAGACAAUGUCAUUCAUCGAGAAGCUGUCAAUAUGCAGCGAGAAGUGGCUCGACAGCUUGAUGUUGUUCGGGCGCUAGAAUUGCCCAACGAUAUGUAUAUGCCGGGACAACAACCUUAUUUCGCAAAUUUGACCGUCGAUACUGGUCCUCCUCUAUCGCCUCGCCAAGUCGCGCAAGAUUCUCGGAGAACUUCAAUAGCUCGCCCGCCUAUGCCCCCUCAUAUUUCUAUCUCUCCUCAUCGCUACGGGUCCAUGGGCGGUCCAAAUAACGCUCCUAACUAUAACAGACCCCAAGCCGCUCCCCAGCCUCCUCCACCGCAUCCACCCCAUCCAUUAUCCGUUUCUUCACCACCUGGCGCAAACCUGGGAAGGCGCCAUACUUCGGCAGAUAUUCGACAACUUGCUUGGCCACAUCUGUUUUUGCGCCCUACUGAAUCCCUUCCUGCGACUAGACGAUCAAGUAUGGCUAGUAAUGUUCAUUCCCUUCUCAACCCAGCAGAAACUCGGGAACGGGCCGAGGAAGAGGAAGCGGCGGCGAUUGAAGAUCGCAAACGUCAACGGCUGCAAUGA